GAACAGAUAAGCAUAUACAUACAGUUUUCAAGAAAAUAUUAUAACUCAUGUCUCCAAAAUAUCUCUUGCAUUUCUCAUGAACUUUGCAGUUGUGUUAGGUUUCUACUGCUGGGAUUGGGGCUUUUUAACCGCCCUUCUACUCUUCUCCACUUCAUCGUAGUUAAUCACUUUCCUCUUUUUUCAAAAAUCCAAAAAGAAAAAAAGUUUUCUUUUAGGAAAUUUCGCGCUUUUCGUUUCUUUGUUGACACAAACCCCACAACCUUAGAGCUGGAGGCCGUGGAGAUUGCUAACGGUCUGAACAAACCCCUCUUGUUAGAAAGGAAAACAAGUUUUCCUUUCUUAGAAGCUUUCACCCUUUUUUGUUUCUUUGCUGGCACGAACCCCACAAUCUUAGAGUUGGAGGCCGUGGAGAUUGUUAACAGUCCGAGCAAACCCCUCUUGUCAAAAAGAAAAAAUAGUUUUUUUUUUUAAAUUCUCCCUUAGAUUUUUCAUCCUUAGUGACUCGACCCCACAAUCUUAACGUUGAAGUUAGAGAUUCUUACCAUCUGAGCAACGUCUCUUAUCAAAAAGAAUUUUGUUUUAACACUUCCCUGAGUGCUCCUAUCUUUGGUAUUGACUCGAACUCACAAUCUUAAAACUGAUCAUCAAAGGAGGUACGUGCUUAUCAUCUGAGCAACCCCUUCAAUCAAAAUAGGAGGUACGUGCUUAUCAUCUGAGCAAUCCCUCCGAUAAAAAAAGGAGGUAUGUGCUUAUCAUCUGACCAACUCCUCUGAUCAAAAAAGGAGGUACGUGCUUAUCAUCUGAGCAACCCCUCCGAUCAAAAAGAAUGCAAUUUCUUUCUUUAAGUUUUUUUUUUUAGGUGAAAUUUUUGCAUGGGGAAUUUAGAGGGUGAUCAAAGUGAAAGGACAUUGUUAGAGUAUGUAAGAAAGUCAUCAACACCACCAUUCUUGCUAAAAACCUACAUGUUGGUGGAAGAUCCGGCGACCGACGACAUCAUUUCUUGGAAUUCCGAUGGAUCGGCGUUCAUAGUCCGGCAGCCGGCGGAGUUCGCCAGAGAUUUGCUUCCAACACUUUUCAAACAUUGCAAUUUUUCCAGCUUUGUCAGGCAACUCAAUACCUAUGGUUUUCGCAAAAUUGCAACUAGCCGAUGGGAGUUCAGCAACGACUUGUUUCGCAGGGGAGACAAGGAUUUACUAUGUGAUAUUCGUCGAAAAAAAGCAUGGACAAACAAACAACAACCAAACAAAAACAACAAGAAAGAAACAGAUAAUGAAGAUCAAAGGUCAUCAUCAUCAACUUCUUCUUCAUCAUCAUUAGAGUACAAUAGCCUUAUUGAUGAGAACAAAAGGCUAAAAAAGGAAAAUGGAGCAUUAAACUCUGAGCUUUCAUCAAUAAAUAAGAAAUGCAAAGAACUUAUUGACAUAGUGUCCAUGUUGGCUGAAAAUUCAGAGAAAGAAGAAGAAGAAAAAGAAGGGCAAAUUAAAGGUAAUAAAAGGCCAAAGUUGUUUGGUGUAAGGUUAGAAGUUGAAGAAGAAAUGGAGAAGAAGAGAAAAAGAGUUGAGUUUAAUGAAAUUGCUAGUGUUUUUCUAUCUCAAUUAUGCAAAUAAAAUAGUGUCCAAGUAUUGAUUUUCUUUUUAUUUGUCGAAUCUUAAGUGGAUAGAGUUAUUCGAUAUUACUGGUGAAAGGACACAAGCUAGUCCGAACAACGCCAUUGUAUAAAAAAGAAUGAAUUGCAUACAUAUGCAUGUUAUUCAAUUGCACUUUCGUAUUUUCAAGGCUUAUAUAUAACGAGUCAUGUGUUGUAAUAAGUAAGUAUCUGCCAUAUUUUUAAGGUUACAAAUUCAGUUCAUAUAUAGAAGAUCAUCGAUUUGAAUUA